CUCCCCAAGGCAGCCCAUGGCCGGACCCUGCUCCGCGCGGUUGCUGCAGGGCGAAGCGGCCGCCUUCACCGCUGCCCUCCGCACCCUGGUCAACAACCCCCAGUUCAGUGACGUGACAUUCGUGGUGGGCCGGGAGCAGCAGAAGGUGUUUGCGCACCGCUGCGUGCUGGCGUGCCGCUGCCAGGCUUUCCAGGGGUUGCUCAGCCAGGGGCCAGCGGGCAGCGAGGACUCCCUCAGCAGCAUCCCACCCCAGGGACCCUUCAUCCUGGGCAACGUGCAGCCUGAGGUCUUCCUGGCUGUCAUCGAGUUCCUCUACACCAACAGCGUCACCCUCAACAGCCACAUUGCGCUGGAGGUGCUGACCUCAUCGGUGGAGUAUGGUCUUCAGGACCUGUGCAAGCUCUGCAUUAAGUUCAUCAAGGACACGCUGAGUGUGGAGCAGGUCUGCGAGGCUCUGCAGGCUGCAGUGACCUAUGGGCAGACAGACCUCCAGCAGCACUGCCUGGCCUUCAUCGAGGGCUGCACUGCGGCGGUGGUGCGGACACAGGGCUUCCACGAGCUCUCUGAUGUGGUGCUGGCGCGGGUGCUGCGCAGUGACCGCCUGGCCGUGGACGAGCUGGACCUGGUGCAGGCUGUGCGGGAGUGGGCACACGUCAGCUCGGCUGUCCUGGAGCGCCCCGUGUCCGAGGUGGCCGCCCUGCCCGUGCAGGAGCUGCGCCUGCCCUUGCUGGCACCCAGUGAGCUGGCAACGCUGGAGAGCCAAAACCAGCGGGAUCUGCUCAUCCCGGCAGAGAGCAUCGCGGCAGCCUGGCGGUCCCAUGCCCUGAAGAAGGGUAGUGGGGUGCCCUCGCACCUCUGCCGGCCCCGGCGUGGCACACGGCUCCGUGACCACCACCGUCACCUGGACCCACACACCAAGUAGGGGCCCGGGCAGCGGCAGUGCCCCCCAGUGCAGUGGGGCAGGCUGUGGGGCUGGGCACUGCCGGGGCUGCCAUCGUGGCCAACCAAGAGCAUCACUAAAGCACUUUGCCCCAUGCCAUGGUUCCAGGGACAGGGCAGGAUUCCUGUUUCACCUCAAGAAGUGGUGCUGAGAGGGUUGGAGCCGAGCCGUGGGGUGGGUGUGAGGACCCCCAGACAGCCUAGUAACCCAGGGGUGGGGAUGCUGCAGGAACGGGUCGCUUGUGGGAUGGGGACACAGGGUGAGCCCCCCUUCCCCAGCCCCACUGCUGCCCGGUGCUGGGCCCUUCCCCGGGGCCGUGCUGCCCCCCCACGGUGGCGGGGCUGUGCUGCAGCGAGCAGCGAGCACCGGGGCAGGGACACAACGUCCCCUCCAUGCACCGGUGGGGAAGGGACUGAGUGGGAUGGGGGACCUGUGGCUUAAGAGUGAGGGGAGACCCCGGCAUCUCUGCACCCACCCAGCACCAACACCAGUGACCCCCACCCAAGUCCUGCCAGCAUCCCCAGCUCCUCAUAGCCUUGGGGACACACACACCACAUUGCCAGCCCCCCAUGUGCCACACCCCCCCCCCCCUCCACAGCCUGCACCCCCCUUGCUUGUGCACACACAGCUGGAUCUGUCUCAAGCAUCCCCCCCUUCCCCCAGCUAUGCCCCCCAGGAUAAAGGGCAGGACGCAGCAGGUAAUUUAUAUAUAAUAUAUAUAUUUACUCUUUAAAAAUAAACCUUCAGUCCCCACUACCGCCUGUACAAACUACAAAAAUAAACCUUUGCUCUCUUUGAUAUAAA